AUGAUGUUAGGUAAUCUACAUGUAUUCCCAAACGGAAGGAUCGAAAGAGAAAGGAAACCAAAGUGUGCCAGAUGCAGAAAUCAUGGAUUAGUCAGUUGGCUGAAAGGACACAAACGUCAUUGCAAGUACAAGGAGUGUGCCUGUGAAAAAUGCAACCUCAUCGCGGAACGCCAACGUGUCAUGGCAGCUCAAGUUGCGUUAAAACGACGGCAAGCCACCGAAGAUGCUAUUGCUCUGGGAUUACGCGUCGUUGCCGGUCAAGCCAUCGAUAGACUACCUCAAGGCCCAGUGUGGAAUACCGCUAGUGGUGAAGACGACGAUAUGGAUUAUCUGGACGAUGAACUAGACACCCCUGAGAAGCCAACGACUCCAGUUUCCGAAGAAUUGGUGUCGAUCAAGAAGAAAAAAGUGGAAGAGCCUUAUGAAUUGUCAAGUUUCUCCUCGAUCGAACUAUUGAUGAUUCUCUUCUUCGAACACGAGAAACACAUUUUGGAAUUGGUUUUGGAGGCGUGCAGUGGAAAUGUUCUUCAAGCCAUCGAGCACUUUGCCAAUGUUCGUCGAGUGAAGAAUAUCAACCAAAUGAAGAUGUUCGCUGCAGCCACCAGAGGAUUCCCAACCGUCUCCACGCCAAAACAAUCAUUCUUGAUUGACUCCCUGCUAGAGCAGCCAACCUACCCAACUUCCAGCCAGGGCUCCUCCAGUACCAAAAACUGUGAUUCCAGUAGUGUCGACUCAAUUUCUCCAAACUCCUCAACAUUCGAAUCCUCCUAA